ACGAAACCGGAAUUCAUAUUCUUCCCUCCUCUGACGCAGCCGCCACCCCCUACUCAGUCUCGUUCUCUGGCGAUCGCGUACCACGAGCGGCGAGCCUCCGAGACGACAUACAGACUCCGGCGACCAAUCUCGCCCGACCCACGCAUUGACGACAUUACCCACACUGCAAGCCCACGCAUUUGAGAUGCGUUCCCUCCUCAGGCCACGAGCGACUAGGCCUCACUGGCGACAACCCACGCAGAUUGACGCUGAGCGUUCUUCUCCGGUGAUUACUCGCCAGCGAGUUUUGACCCACAAAUCUGACUUGCAUCGCGAGCCCGACUUCGAAUGUCUUUGCCUAGGCCGUCGCACCAUCAUUUCCCUCCGUUUCGACAAGUUUCAUCAUUGACCCACUCUUUGUUGGUCUUAAAUCAGUUGUUACAUUCUCUUUGCUGAAAGAAAUGCUUCCUUUUCAGGAGAAGAAUCCAACUUAGUUGCAAGUUUCAAUUUCAAGUCCACAAACAGAGAAGGCGUUUUGUCUCUAAAGAGUUCGACAAGGUUCAGUUCGAGAUAUGAAAUUCAACGUCAAGUCUAUUGGGGAGAAGGGAAGCUAUGUCUUUACUCAAAAUUUAAGGAUUUCCCAGUUGGGAAAAUCAGGUCGCAUUGAAGAAGCUGUUGCAGUUUUCUCACAGAUGACUGAGAAGAACAUUGUGACGUACAAUUCAAUGAUCUCCGCCUAUGCCAAAAAUGGAAGGAUAGAAAAUGCACGUGAGUUGUUUGAUCUAAUGCCUCAAAGAAAUUUGGUUUCAUGGAACUCCAUGAUCGCGGGUUACUUGCACAAUGAGUUGGUUGAGGAUGCAGCCAAACUGUUUGAUAAAAUGUUUAAGAGAGACCUCUACUCGUGGACUUUGAUGAUAACUUGUUAUACACGUAUUGGUGAGCUCGAGAAGGCAAAGGAACUUUUCAAUUUACUUCCCGACAAGCAAGACACAGUUUGUUGUAAUGCACUUAUUGCUGGUUAUGCUAAGAAGAGACGGUUUGACGAGGCAAAAAAGCUAUUUGAUGAAAUGUUGGUUAAGAAUAUAGUUUCUUGGAAUUCUAUGUUAUCAGGCUACACCAAGAACGGAGAAAUGCAGUUGGGGCUGCAGUUCUUUGAAGCCAUGGGAGAAAGGAAUGUCGUUUCAUGGAAUUUAAUGGUUGAUGGAUAUAUUGGGGUUGGUGAUUUGGAUUCUGCCUGGAUGAUUUUCAAGAAAAUUCCAACCCCAAAUGUGGUAUCAUGGGUGACGAUGUUCUCUGGUUUUGCACAUUACGGUAGGAUCACUGAGGCUCGGAGUCUCUUUGACGAGAUACCAAGUAAGAAUUUGGUUUCUUGGAAUGCUAUGAUUGGAGCUUAUGUACGACACAACCAAAUUGACGACGCUUAUAAGCUAUUUAUGGAAAUGCCAGAAAAGGACUCUGUAUCAUAUACUACUAUGAUCAACGGGUAUGUUCGAGUUGGUAAGCUUUCGCAGGCAAGGGAAAUUUUAAAUCUAAUGCCUUAUAAGAAUAUUGCAGCGCAAACAGCAAUGAUCAAUGGGUAUGUACAAAGUAGUAGAGUGGAUGAAGCCAACGAAAUUUUUAGUCAAAUUUCUGUGCGUGAUAGUGUUUGUUGGAACACCAUGAUCACUGGCUACACACAUUGUGGAAGAAUGGAUGAAGCUCUCUGUCUGUUUCAAGAUAUGGCAUGCAAAGACAUGGUUUCAUGGAAUACUAUGAUUGCUGGUUAUGCUCAAUCAGGACAAAUGGUCAAAGCACUCGGAAUAUUUAAUGAAAUGCAAGAGAGGAAUAUUGUCUCUUGGAAUUCUCUGAUUACAGGAUAUGUACAAAACGGAUUAUACUUUGAAGCACUGAAUUGUUUCAUAUUGAUGAAACAGCAAGGAGAGAAGCCUGAUCAAUCAACUUUUGUGUGUUGCUUGCGAGCAUCUGCCAAUCUUGCAGCUUUGAAUAUUGGAAUUCAACUUCACCAUCUCGUUAUCAAGACUGGUUUUGGUAUUGACUUAUUUGUUAAAAACGCAAUAAUGACAAUGUAUGCAAAAAGUGGAAGAGUCCUUGAAGCUGAAAAUGUAUUUGCUGAGACCAAUAAUAAAGAUGUGGUCUCAUGGAAUUCUUUGAUAGCUGGAUAUGCAUUAAAUGGGUGUGGAAAAGAAGCUCUUGGGCUUUUUGAAGAGAUGUCAAUAAGAGGUAUCAUUCCUGAUGAAGUUACAUUCACUGGCUUAUUAUCUGCUUGCAAUCAUGGUGGUCUUGUGGAUCAGGGUUUGAGUUUGUUUAAGUGCAUGACUGAAACAUACUCAAUAAAACCCUCAUCAGAACAUUAUGCUUGUGUGGUUGACUUGCUUGGUCGGGUGGGUAGGUUAGAAGAAGCCAUGGAAAUAGUGGAAGGGAUGAAAACUAUGUCAAGUGCAAAAAUAUGGGGUGCAUUGCUAUGGGGAUGUAGGAAACAUCAGAAUUUGGAGCUAGCCAAGUAUACAGCUGAGAGGCUUUUAGCACUUGAACCACAAAAUGCCUCAAAUUAUGUACUAUUAUCAAACAUGCAUGCUGAGGCAGGGAGAUGGGAUAUGGUUGAAAGAGUCAGGGUAUUAAUGAAAGAAAAUAAGGCUGAGAAGCAACCUGGCUGCAGUUGGAUUGAAAUUGACUAUCAAGUGCACUGUUUUCUAUCUGAAGCUCCACCAGGCUUGAGGCUAGAAAUUUGCAACAUCUUGAAAACUGUUACUGCACAGAUAAGAAACACGGAGUGGAUGUUGGAUUAUAGGUAUAUACUUGAUAUAUUGUGAGAAACUGCUGAUAAUGAACAGUUGUGAGUAGAUAGAGGAAGAGCGGUUUUGGAGAUUUUUCCAUGUUCUCACACCUUUUUUAUAGGUAGUUCUCUUAAGGAUGUUGACAUUUCAAGUUCAGCUUGCAAUUCUUGAGAUAUGUAUAGAAAUGAGAGGAAACAAAAGAAACUUGUAUUGAUGAGGAAAAAGAAUGGUGAGGAAUGGAAAUUAGAUGACUUGCUAAAAAGAUUACAAAAAAAUCAAUAUAAUCGAAACGAUGGGCAGAAAAAUUUCAUAGAAUGCGACCAAAAAAUCCAAAACUUCUCUAUGAGUGACCCAUUCUUAAAAACUUCCUUCUAAUUGAUUUUUUCCACAUGUGAAACAUCAUUUUUGCCCCUGAUUUAAAUGAAGCAGCUAAGCAAGCGGGAAUGGGAACGUGCGUUUCAUUCACUUUUCUUUC